AUGGUUGUGUGUGUUGGCAGCAGUGGUCGGCCAUAGCACAGGGUGAGGCAGGGAGUGUUCAGCUGCUCGCCAAGAUGUCCAAGGCAGUGCGUAAGGUCCUGGACGAGUCCCGGGAGACAGGCAACCCCGAGCUGGACCUGCAGGACAAGCAGAUCACCACCCUGGACGAGCUCCCGGGCCUCAUGUUGAUGGAGCAUUUGACGCGCCUGUCGCUGCCCCACAACCGCAUCACCAUCAUCCCGCCCUCCAUUGCCAACCUGGUCAACCUGGAGAUCCUCAACCUCUUCAACAACACCAUCGAGGAGCUGCCCACCUCCAUCUCAUCCCUCAGCAAACUCCGCAUCCUCAACGUGGGCAUGAACCGCCUGGACGCCCUUCCUCGUGGGUUUGGGUCCUUCCCCGUCCUGGAGGUGCUGGACGUGACAUAUAACAAUAUAUCAGAAGAGGAGAGCCUGCCGGGGAACUUCUUCAUGCUGGAGUCGCUGCGAGCCCUGUACCUGGGAGACAAUGACUUUGAGACCAUCUCGCCGCACAUCAAGAACCUCAAGAACCUGCAGAUUCUCAGUCUGCGGGACAACGACCUCAUCUGUCUGCCACGUGAGAUCGGUGAGCUGAGCCGCCUACGAGAGCUCCACGUCCAGGGCAACAGGCUGGAGCUGCUGCCCCCGGAAGUUGGUAACCUCGACUUGCUGAGCCAGCGGAGUUGUCUGCGGCUUGACUUUAACCCGUGGCAGCAGAUCAUCGCUGACCAGCUGCUGCUCGGCCCCUCGCACGUCAUGGAGACUCUGCGCAACGACUCCUACAAGUUCUUGUACCAGCGUUACCUCUCCACUGGGUCUCAGCCGCCGCCCAAGAACUUUGAGGCCAAGAACCGCAAGAUAUCGAGGAAGCGUGAGACGGCCUGAGAGGAGGACUGUUUCUGCCUCACAUGAGUGGCUGACUGAUGGACUAACUGUGUGACUGACUGACUGACUGACUGUGUGACUUCUUAUUCUCAGAUGCUUUUGGCUCUCACAACAAACACUUCCAAAAACCACAGAAGAAUUUGGUCAGGUUCUCAUGGAAAUACAAACACAACCUCUACUAAAACCCUGUCAAACUACCACUAGGCUCAUAAAACUACCCAUGGAAAUACCCACAAUAACCUCAACCAAAGCCUUGCCAAAAGUGGACGUGUAAGCUCUGAAAUACUUGAGAAUCUGAACCUGACUGACUGAGUGGCUAAUUGAAGGAAUGACUGACUGGCUGACUGUCUGUUUGGAAGGCUGAAUGACUUAUUGUGUGACUGUUUGGUUGAGUAAGUGCUUGACUGACUAAGUGGCUGACUGGUUUGAUGGUUGACUAAUUGACUGGUUGACUUGUGUUAUGUUGCCACACUUGAAUAGGUUGUUUAUGUAUGCACCAAUCCCCUCCUUCCCCCUUCUCCAUCCCCUCCCAUUAACCCCUUCCCUCCUUCCCCCUUCUCCAUCCCCUCCCAUUAACCCCUUCCCUCCUUCCCCCUUCUCCAUCCCCUCCCAUUAACCCCUUCCCUCCUUCCCCCUUCUCCAUCCCCUCCCAUUAACCCCUUUCCUCCUUCCCCCUUCUCCCUACCCUCCUUCCUUCACUCCCUAUAGCAUUGCCAGUAAAAAAUCUCCUUAGGUUUUCUCACUCUUUUUCCUUCCUCUUGAUUUUUUUUGCCAUUUCAUUAUCAAUUCUUUUUGCAUCACUUUAUUUUUUCUUUCAUCUUUGUAUUUUUGUUUUUUGCCCCUCCUCUUCCCUCUCUCUCACUCUCCUCUGCCCUUAUCUUUCCUGGUGUCCUCCUCCUCCUCUUCCAUCUUCUCUCUCUCCCUCUGCCCUUCCUUCUCUCGUACCCUGUGUCCUCCUUUUCUUUCUCCUCUCUCCACAUCCUCCUCCAUCUCUGCUCUUUUCACUUUCUCAUUGUUCUCCUCCUCCUCCAUCUUUUCUCUCUCACCGUCACUCUCCCACUCUGGCUGCGGCUGUACCGAGUGCCUUCCCUCAUGGCCCAGAGGCGUUGAUGGCACUGCUCCCUUCACUGUGUGCUGGGGGAACACUGUAGUACCCAGUGUACCCUGUGCUCAGUGCUACUUCAGGAUAUGUGGCUCUGUGCACAUGUAACCAGCAGUGUGAGAGUAAUCAUGCUCACACACCCUUCCUCCCUCCCCGCCUGCAGAGUGUAUGAGCGUCGCCUCAAAGAUCCGAACAAAAAAGUGCCAGAAAAGAACCUUGAAGCCAAGAAGUGCAAGAUAUCAAGGAAGCACGAUGCAGCCUGAGAGGAAGACUGUCACUGCCUCACAGGAGUGGCUGACUUACUGUCACAGGGUUGGAAAAAAAAUUGUGAUUUUUUUAUCUAAAAAAAUAUGAUUUAAAUUGGAUUUUUUUUAAUUGAUUUUUUUUUUGUAAAUGAUUUUUUUGCUUUAAUAGUUUUUUGGCUUACUUUGAUUAUUUGCUUCACUUUUAUGAGGACAUUUUCUUGUAAGAAACUUUGCCAACAUCAAUUGAAACCAUAGUUUAGGGUUGUUAAUUACCCAGGAUGAGUUUUCACUUGAAAAUCAUAAGUAGAAAAACAGUGACAGUAUGAUCAGAUCUGACUACCUAAAAGAAAAGGCAGUCACUCACUGACUGACUGAUUUGCUCCGUAUUGAGAGAGAAACGCUGCGUCCCGUUGUGAACCAAUACGGAACACCAUUUGUUCCAUAUUUGGCUGCCUGAAUGGUCAGGCAGAGAAAAUUCAGUAUUUGAAAGUUGAAGUGAUGGCAUUUUUUGGUCAGUCACAAAACCAGUCCAUAAAGUUAUGUAUUUGUCAAGGAUCGUUUUGAAAUACUUGUACAGUAUGCGAUGUAACAUCCCUCCCCCCUUCAUCCUUCCUCCACCAGCAGCGGCUGUCAGCAGGGCAGGCUAGAAAAAAUUGGGGUUGCCACCCGUCCCUUAAGACACAGAUUCAUUCCGUAUUGGAGUGAGAUGUUGUGUUCCUUUUUUUCUGAUCUCAAGGUGGCAACCCAAGAACCAGGACAGGACUAGCUGGCUUGCUUGAUGCUUCUCUUGUGCAAGUGGAUCACAUUUUCUUCCUUCUACCUUAUAUAUAUAUAUAUAUAUAUAUAUAUAUAUAUAUAUAUAUAUAUAUAUAUAUAUAUAUAUAUAUAUAUAUAUAUAUAUAUAUAUAUAUAUAAUUUUGAUUUAAAUCAUGUUUUUUACUCUGAUUUAAAUUGAUUUAAAUCACAUGAUUUUUUGAUUGGUUGAUUGAGUGAAUGAUUGAAUAACUGUGUGUGUUCUGAGUCACUGACUGACUGGCUGACUGUCUAUUUGGAAGUUGAUUGACUAAUUGACUGAGGUUGACUAAUUGACUGGUUGACUGGUGUUACGUUGCCACUUGAAUAGGUUGUUUAUGUACACACCAAUCUCUUCCCAUUCACCCCUUCCCCCUUCCUUCCUUCCCUCCCCCAAUCACUGCCAGUUGAAAAAAAAUCCUUAUGUCUUCCUCCUCUUUUCCUUUCUCUACUCUCUCAACUCUGCCUUUUCCUCUUCUGUCUUUCUCUGUGUCCUCCUCCUCCUCUUCCCUUUUCUCUCUCACCUCCACCCUUCCCUCUUUCCUUAUGUCCACCUCCUCUUCCCUCUCACUUCUGCCGUUCUCUCUCGCUGCGGCCUUACUGAGUGCCUUCCUUUGUGAUUGCAAGACAUUGAUGGCACUGUAUGCUGGGAGAACACUGUAGCGCCCAAUGUAACCUGAGUGCAGUGCUGCUUGAGGAUUUGUGGCACUGUAAGAUGAAUUAUGGUCACACAGCGUUAUCGAAUGGCACUCUCUACAUUAGUUACCAUAGUUGCCGUUUGAAAUUGCACUGUAAUUCCUUUAAAUGGCACUCUGAGUAUGGGUCAUCUUGGCACUGAGAGGUAUGGGAAAUGCAGCUAAACCUUAACAUCCAGGGAUUUGAAUAUUCACAAGGUAGCAAGUGGAUAUUGUCAAGUUAAAGAUUUGGGUAUUUAGGAUAUUUUGAGCAUUUUUAUGGUGAACUAAAGCACUCCCGCCUCACUGCACACCCCACACACCUCUCAGCGCCACAUGACCAGUGCAAUUGCAGCGCCCUGAUCUUAGUUUAAUCAAUCAAUCAAUCAAUCUCACGCACCUUUAUACAUACAGUAACCACCUCUAGUAGUUGCUGUAAGUAAGUAUCGGCAAAUAUCCGCAGGUGUGUCUGCUACCUAACACCUGCGGAUGUUGAGGUUUAGCUGUAUGGGCUCCUGUUUUGUAACCUGUACCGUGAUUUGUUGGCUUUAUAUUUGUGAAGGUUUGGAAUGAUUGCUUCUGUCUUGGCACUGAAGAAUAAGUGAGCCAUGGGUUUGUGUAUAUGCUGUGCCGACUCUGGGCCACGACAACCCAGCGACUCGAGGUAUAUGAGGUCUUGGGUGUGAAAUGUAUAUGUGAAAGGGUCGCACUUGAUCGGAAAGAGGUCUGGAAAUGAUGAAAUGAUCGCCGGAUGCUGAUUUGGCACAGUGUGAGCGGGGCCUAAAAGUCGCUGGGUUGUCAUGGCUCAGGGUCGGCACAGUGGAUAUAUUUGGCACUGUAUUUUGAAGGUAAUGAAUGGCUGUAUAUUGGCACUAAGGUAUGUGAAGUAUGGGGGUGAGUAUGACGCUUUACAAUAUGCAAGGUAUUUUGGCACUAUUGUUGAAGGUAAUGAAUAGCUCUAUCAUGGCACUGUAAGGUAUGUGAAGGAUGAACCUGUGAAUGAUGCCAAACAAUUUAUAGGUAUUUUGGCACUGUAUUCCUAAAGGUAGUGAACAGCUUUAUCAUGGCACUGCUAGAUAUGUGAAGGAUGGGUUUGUGUAUGGUGCCAGUCACUGUAUUCUUGGCACCAUUGCACUGUAAAUGGCCCUGUGUAUGAGAGCACUGUAAGUCACUAUUCAAACACUGUCACUGUAUUUUGGCACUGCAACACUAUAGAAAGGAAUUACUCAAGGUGACACUUAAGUAAAUCAUUGUAUUUUUGCACUGUCAUAGUCCUAACACUGGAUUUUGUCGGUGGCACUGUAGAAUGGCACUAGACAUGAUGGCACUUCAAAACCAACAUUGCUGUAUUUCCACUAUUUAAUUUUGUAAGGGCAUAAAACCACAGUGAAUGCUUUUGAUAGAUAAUUCUCUUCACUCAUGUAUUUGUAUUAUUGUUUUUUAGAGAUAGAGUAUAGAAGAGCAGCCACCACACUGCUCUAGGUCUGUUUAGAGAGCAGCAUAUUCAAGCCUUAGAUGUGCCUGCAAACUGCCCAUGUGUAUUACUACUGAUAAGGUAUAGAGGAAGCACGCUCUGUAGUCCUUAGCAUACAUAGAUAUAUAUUUUCCAUGGAGUGAUGUGAAAGAAGUAGAUUUUGUCCUCUAUAUGCCUUAGAUUGUAAUGGUGUAGUGCCUUGCUGUUGUUAUUGAUAGACUUUUAUUAUUGGUGUUAUUAAUAUUAUUAUUUUUAUUUUUAUUAUUAUUAUUAUUAUUAUUAUUAUGUUGCUAUCACAAAUGAAGUGCCUGAGUUAGUUGAGUUGUAACAUCAUUUUGAGAGAGAGAGAGAGAGAGAGAGAGAGCAAAUACUUUAUCCUCCUUUAGCUUUCUUUUAUUGAAUUAAAAAAAAAUAUCUGGCAGUACAAAAUCUAAAAAAUUAAAAAAAAUAUAUAUAGAAACAAAUACUUUAAAUCAAAUCUAAUGAAUAUGUACAUAAAAAAAAAAAACUCCCAAAUUAAAUAUAUAUAUAUAAUUAAGUUGGCCCCCGAUUGACUAUUAGUAUUUCCUCAUUAACAUUAUUAUUCUAUCACUGCCAAGGUUGUCUAAUGUUCUAUCUGCUCUCUGUUGUGUGUCUAAUUUAUUAACCCAUCAUUAUAUUGUCGUCCUAAUCUCAUGUUUUCUUCCGUCUCCGCAAAAGGAAGGAAAGCGAAAGAGAAAAAAAAAAGUGUUCAUUAAAAUAUUAUGAUAGUUUGUACGUUUUAAUGUUUGUUUGUGUUGAUAAGUUAAUGUUGUAUAAGUCUUUCAGCUCCACAAAAAGGAAGAAAAGAAAAGAGAAAGUUCAUUAAAUUAUAGUAACAGUUUGUACACAUUGAUAUUUGUUUGUUUUUUGUGUUGAUAAAGAAGUGUUGCGUAAUUCUUCCAUCUCUGCGAAAGGAAGAAAAACAAACAAGCAAACGGACAAAAAAAAGCAAGUGUUCAUUAAAAUAUCGUAACUGUUCACACGCAUUAAUAUUUUUGUUUUUUGUGUUGAUAAGUUAGUGUUGUAUGAGUCUUCCAUCUUCACAAACGGAAGAAAACAUUAAAAAGAAAGUGUUCAGUAAAAUAUCAUAACAGUUCAUACACAUUAAUUUUUUGUUUUUUUGUGUUGAUUAAUUAGUGUUGUAUUAAAGGUGCUAAGCGUGUAGGUAAUUACCGGAUAAGACGGAAGCUACUUAAAAAUCUUCAAUAACUGUCGUCGCUAUUUUUGUAACUUAACUCUUGUCCUCGUGCCAAAGUAUUAAUGGUAAGAAAUAUACAGUAACGAAGCACA